GCCGCCGCCUGCGGGACGCGGGGAGGGAGCGGCCGCCGCCGCCGGCAGCGGGCGAGUGCUAUGGCCCAGGCUAAGAUCAGCGCCAAGGCGAGCGAGGGCGCGCCGCCGCAGCAGCAGCAGCAGCAGCCGUCCGCCGGGCAGCUCCGAGGCCGCUUCUACCGUUCCACCUCCAUGGCGGACCGCUCCAGCCGCCUGCUCGAGAACCUGGACCAGCUGGAGCUCAGGGUAGAGGCUUUCCGUGACGCAGCAUCUGCCAUGGAACAAGAAAAAGAAACCCUGCUAGAAAUGAUCCACAACAUACAGAACAGCCAGGACAUGAGGCACAUCAGUGAAGGUGAGAGAGAAGAACUUAACCUGACCGCCAACCGCCUGAUGGGCCGAACCCUCACUGUGGAGGUUUCUGUCGAAACCAUCCGGAACGCCCAGCAGCAGGAAUCCCUCCUGCACGCCACCAGGAUGAUCGAUGAAAUCGUCAACAAGCUCCUGGAUGAUUUGGAAGACGCCAAAAUCCGCUUAAUGUCACUUUAUGGUGCGUGCACGUCUGACGUGCCGGCAGGACCCAUCGAUCAGAAAUUUCAGUCCGUUGUCAUUGGAUGUGCUAUUGAGGAUCAGAAGAAGAUCAAGAGAAGGCUAGAGACUCUGCUCCGAAACCUGGAGAAUUCUGAGAAGUCCAUCACGUUGCUGGAGCAUCAGAAAUCCUCUAUGCGGCAGUCUUGCAACACCAAACAGGAUUAAACUGCCUCGUGGCUACUUCUGGCAAACCACAGAGUGAUCAAGUCUCCAUAAAAGCACACGGAAGCUAAGGAAAAAUCCCUGUUUACGAGUACACGCAUAUACACACAUACACAUGCGCCACGGUGUCUUGGAUUGCAAGGUGCAGGCAUUCUAUGGGUUUCGGUAGCAUUGGCGUUUUAUUUCAGCAAUAAGGAACGCUAUCAUCAUUUCUUCUGUAGAGUUGAUACUGCUCUGUUGCAAGUUGUAGCGUGCUUCUGCUGAACUGUCAGAAUCAAUCAGAAUCUUGCCUGUCCUUCAUUCUCCUCCUUUUUUAAACAACCACCCUUGUUUUGUCAUAUACUGAGAUACCACCUUUUCUCUGCUCUAUACAUAGUGUGUGAAAUAGACUUCUGGGGAAAAAAAAAAGACAAAUCUUGGCAAUAAACAACAACAACAACAAAUCAAUAAACUGUAUAUUGUAUUUUCAUAAACAA